GGCCUGCAGUAGUUGUGAGCACCCUCGAUGGGCGAGUGACCAGCUUAGACGCUUCGACGGGAGCUGUUAUGUGGUCACACCAGACAGGCGGCAAAAAUAAUGAUAUGCUGUCUUCAUCUAUGUCAAAGCUGGAGGUGACGUCUCGUGGGGAGUGGGUGCGACUCAUCCCCUCACUGGAUGGGGGAAUCUACCGCUUUGAUGGAGAUGGGGUGGAGGCUCUCCCUGUCACAGCUGAGACACUCCUGCACUCGUCAUUCAAGUUCAACACGGACACAGUUUUCACCGGAGGAAAGUCAACUGAAGUCUGGGGAAUGUCAGCAAACACAGGACACUUGUUAUAUGUAUGCAAUACUGGUGGAUGUAAUCGACAACAAACGGCAUCAAAGCCUAUACAUGUGUUGGUUAUCCGGCGAGUGACGCAGAUUGUCAGGGCCAUUGAUCCACAGUCUGGAGAGGAGAGGUAG